UUGUUGUUGUUACCAGGAGGUGGUGGGGGUAAAGGCACUUGGGGUAAACCAGGCAGUGAACUUAUUGUUGAGGAAGAAGAUGCUCAUGAUCCCAACUAUGACUCUGAAAGUCAGGACAAUUGUAAGCUUGAAGCAAUCAAACCAGAACUGACAGAAGAGGAGUUUGAACGAACUGUUGACUCCAUGCUUCAUGAAUACUUUGAACAUGGAGACACAAAUGAAGUUGCUAUGACUCUUGAAGAUUUGGAUAUAGGAAAUUUGCAACCACGAUUGGUUGAAAUGAUGGUUAAUUUGUCAAUGGAAAGAAAACCUUCUCAUAGGGAAAUAACGUCUGUUCUAUUGUCAGACCUCUGUGGAAGACUCUUAGCUGAAGAAGACAUUGAACAGGGUUUUGACAGUUUGAUUAACAGUCUAGGUGACUUAGUGUUGGAUAUUCCUGAAGCUCCUACAAUGCUGGGGAACUUCAUAGCACGUGCCGUGGCUGAUGACUGCAUUCCACCAAAAUUUGUGUAUGGGUACAGAGGCAAGUUAACAGAUGAAUAUUCCAGGGCAGCUCUUGAGCAUGCUGAUACUCUCCUAGGUAUGAAGCAUGGUCUUGUUCGAUUAGAUAACAUCUGGGGAGAAGGUGGAGGAAUGAGGCCUGUUAAGUACCUCAUUAACAAAAUGCAGUUAUUGCUGCAGGAAUACCUGUCAUCUGGAGAUAUUAAUGAAGCUACGAGAUGUCUUCGAGAGCUAGAAGUUCCACACUUCCAUCAUGAACUGGUUUAUGAGGCUGUGGUAAUGGUAAUUGAAGACAUGGGAGAACGUGCUAUGGACUUGAUAUGCAAGUUGCUCAAGUCUUUGGCUGCAAGUGUAAUAGUAACACCAGAUCAACUGAAACGAGUAAGUUAGUAGGUUUGUUCAGUAGGCAUA